GUACACCUCAUAGUGGCGCAGGAUUUCUGCGGCUGUGCUACGAUGACUGUAAUCGCAUAUUUUUGUUUCCUUGCUGUGAUUUUGGGCGCGAAAUCUGCGUCAGCUCCCUUCAUAAAGCCCUGCAAAGGUGGAGACAAUGCCUGCAUCGUGUCAUCGGCACAGGCGGCACUGCCCAUCAUAGCCGCCGGCAUUCCCGAGCUGGGGAUCAAGUCUAUAGACCCCAUGCAUCUGGAGGUCAUCAAGGGCGACCAAGGAGGCCUAGCCCUGACCUUCAAAGACACCACAGUAACUGGCAUGAAGGGAUGCAAUGUUGAUGGAAUCAAACACGACAUUAAGAAAGCGAAGCAGAUUGUCACGAUCCGCUGCAGCGUGGACCUGAACGGUCUGUACAAGCUGGACGGCCAGCUCCUCGUGUUGCCCAUCAAGGGAGAAGGAAAAUACAACAUCAAGAUACGUGACAUUGUAAUCAAAACGACGACGGAACUGAAGACUGUGCCCGGCGCUGACGGCAAGCAGCACUGGCAUAUCGACAGCUGGAAGUUCGCCAGUCAGGUGAAAACCAGCGCCAGGUUCGACUUCGACAACCUCUUCAAUGGCAACAAAAUCCUAGCCGGUCCAGUAGAAGACUUUGUUAACACAAACUGGCGUGAUGUUAUGCAAGAGAUAGCACCACCAAUCGUUCACGCCAUCGUAGCACGUGUCGUCGAAGGUGUGGAAGCUCUAUACAAGGCCGUGCCAGCAAACGAACUUUUCAUUGAAUAACUCGGACUAUGUCGUUGUAGAAAUCAAAAUCACUAGGAUAGGACCAGUAAUGUGAUAUUAAAUAAGACUCGGAA